AUGUAUUAUUUCAUAAGUAAUCUGUCAAUACUAGACCUGUGUUUAUCGUCCAAUAUUGCUCCCAAUAUGUUAUCAAACUUUCUGUCUGAACAGAAGACAAUAUCCUAUGUUGGUUGUUUUGUACAGCUUUUCUUUUUUUGCAUUCUUGGAAUUACAGAAUGUAUCUUGUUUGCAGUGAUGGCUUACGACCAUUUUGUGGCAAUCUGUAACCCACUAAACUAUUUCUUGGUAAUGCAGAAGAAGACCUGCCUGGGACCAGUAUGUGGAGCUUAUACAGCGGGUGUCCUGCAUUCUCUCAUUGAGACUUCUUGCACUUUGCACUUGACUUUUUGUGCCUCUAAUGUUCUCCACCAUUUUGCCUGUGAUUUUCUACCUUUACUAAGUAUUUCUUGUACAGACACUACUAUUAAUGAAUUUGUCCUCUUCAUCUUUUCUUCUGUUAUCACGGUACCUUCUAUAGUGGUCAUUAUUGUGUCAUAUAUCUCCAUAAUUGUAUCCAUUAUGAGGAUAAAGAGUUGUGCAUCCCACAUAACAGCAGUGUCGCUUUCCUAUGGAACAACUCUGUAUGUAUAUUUAAGUCCCAAAUCAGAGGCUACAGUUGAGAACAGAAGUAUCGCCACUGUCUUCUACACUGUUGUAAUACCUAUGUUAAAUCCAAUUAUUUAUAGCUUAAGAAAUAAAGAUAUUUAUAAUGCUGUGAAAAUAAUGUUCCAAAGUAGAAAAAAAUAUUAG